GCGAUGAAGAAGAAGUACGACAUCCCAUUCGGUUCCGGUGGAGCCAAGGCUGCCGGUGCCGACGCUCCAACUCGCAAGGCCGGUGGUGCUGCUGGUCCAAAGCCUCCCGCCACCCCAUCCAAGAACCGAGUUACCAAGCCCGCCGCCAAGAAGAAGGCUGCUACCGCUAAGAGCGCCAAGGGCAAGGGAAAGAAGGCCAAGGCUGAGGAGGAAGUCAAUCAGGAAGAGUCCGAUCACGAUAAUGGCGAUGACGCAGAGGAGGUCAAUGAGGUUGAGCACAAGGAGGACGAGGCCACCUUCGACAAGAAGGACACCGAUGAAGAGGACAACGAUGAGGAAGCUUAGACGUGUCAUGUUUUCCUCGGACACCAAAAUGGCUGGUUUGCUUUGAUCAUUUUUGAGGUGGCUUCUGGCUGCUGAGGUUUGGUCUUUGGUUCUCUACAGGAAUAACUGACAUUUAUGUCUCUGGUGGGCGCUUUUCAUAUCUUGUCGCGGGAAUGGGU